AUGCUUGACUACAUCGUGGAAUAUGAUUAUGAUGCAGUGCAUGACGACGAAUUAACGAUCCGAGUUGGGGAAAUCAUCAAAAAUGUGAAAAAAUUAGAAGAAGAAGGAUGGCUAGAAGGGGAGCUAAAUGGGAAAAGGGGCAUGUUCCCUGACAAUUUUGUAAAGGAAGUGAAGAAGGAUGCUGAACCCAAGGAUGACUGUUUGCCAGUCAAGAGGGAGAAGCCUGGAAAUGUUGCGAGCCUUGUGCAACGCAUGAGCACUUAUGGGCUUCCUGCAGGAGGAAUUCAAUUUCAUCCUCAAUCCAGAAGCCUCAAGAAGAAGUCCAAGAAGCGGCAGUGUAAAGUGCAGUUCGACUAUAUCCCGCAGAAUGAGGAUGAGCUGGAGCUCAAGCUUGGGGAUGUUAUUGACAUUAAUGAAGAGGUAGAAGAAGGCUGGUGGAGCGGAACACUAAAUGGCAAGUCAGGAUUAUUCCCUUCCAACUUUGUAAAAGAAUUAGAGUUGACAGAUGAUGGAGAAGCACAAGAUCCCGUGGAUGACACAGAGUCUGUUUUCACUGGUCCUACCUCACCUGUGGCCUCCUCCCCUGGGAAUGGAAACGAACCUGCAGUUGCAUCAGUAAUGCAGCCAAAGAAAAUCCGAGGCAUUGGAUUUGGAGACAUCUUCAAAGAAGGUUCGGUGAAACUGAAGACAAGAUUAUCCAGUAAUGAUUUUGAGGAAAAAAAGCAAGAAAAGCCAUUACCUAGUCAUUGCCCUGGACCAAAACUCAGCCACGCUACUAGUGUAAUUAAAGUAGAAGGUACACCAGAGGUGACAAAAGAAGCUGAAAGUAAGUCAAAAGCCAAGGAAUAUUGCAGGGCAAUAUGUGCCUAUGAAGGUUUAAAUGAAGAUGAACUUGCUUUUAAAGAAGGGGAGGUUAUCCAAAUAGUAAGUAAGGAUACUGGAGAAUCAGGAUGGUGGAGAGGAGAACUUAACAGUAAAGAAGGAGUCUUCCCAGACAACUUUGCUGUUCAAAUACAAGAGUCUGAUAAGGACUUUCCUAAGCCAAAGAAACCACCACCUCCUGUUAAAGGCCCAGCUCCAAAGCCUGACCUUCCAACUGGAGAGAAGAAAUUCAUUUCUCAUAGGUCUGAAGAAAAAGAUGACAAAGCAGCUGUGGAACAGAAGCCUUCUAAGCCAGUAGCUCCCCAAGUACCACCCAAGAAACCUAUUCCUCCUGGCAAAUCUAAUAACUUACUGAGAGCAGCGAUUUUACAUCCGAAACGACCAGAUAAACCAGUGUUGCCACCUCCUGUGUCCAAACCUAAUGGGGAUGUGGUUUCCCUUCGACCGAAGUCUGACAUUGAGCCAGUACUGAAGCCAAAGUUAGAUUCUGAACAAUUACCGCUUAGACCAAAAUCAGUAGAGGUAGAUUCAGUUGCAAUAAAGAGCUCUAAAGAACCAGAUCUCAUAAGCUUUGAUGAUGUAAUAGCUACCUCAAAUAAUCUAUCGCACCCUACUGCAAGCAGACCGAAGAUGCCUGGCAAGAGGCUGCCUGCUCGUUUCAAUGGCUGUAAUUCUACAAGUCAAAAUGUGAAUACAGAAAAAGUUGUGAAGGUUCAUAAGGAGGAAGAAGAAAGUGCCAAGACUAAGCCAUCUGAAAUGAAAAAGUCAUCUGUGUUGACUUCAGCACCUCCAUCUUCAUCUCCAAGACCAAAUUCUUUCAUACUCAAUUCUGCUGCUGCAGAAAUCAAAGUUAAAGGAGAAACUGAUGAUGGGAAAAAUUCUGUGGAAGAACUCAGGGCUCAGAUUAGUGAGUUGAUGAGUAUCAUAGAAGCACUGAAAAAAGAACAUGGGAAAGAACUGGAAAAACUAAAACAAGAUUUGGAGGAAGAGAAGGUGAUGCGAAGUAACUUGGAGGUUGAAAUAGAAAAGCUGAAGAAAGUGGUGAUGUCUACAUGAGCUGGCAUAGACUCGCAGUCUGUUACUUGCUAGGAAUUCAAGUCAAAAUACAAAAAGAACUGUUUUUUUACUUAAAUAAUGCUGGUUUUAGAGAAGAAAAAGAGUAAAAAGGAAUAUAGUCUUCUAUUCAGAGACAGAAGAAAAGAAAAUGAAUAAUGAUGUAAUUUUUUUUUAUUCUUAUUUUUUUGCCAAUAUCGAAGAGGCCUUAUUUCUUACUGUGCUGGAAUCGCAGACCUAUAUUUUCCGGUUUGCUUGAAAAUACUACUGAAUCUGUAUAAAAAGGAGAGGGAGUUCUUAAUAGAUUUUUAUUGAAUACUUGUAGUGUAAUUUUUAAAGAGAUCUAUACUAUAAAUAGGGUGAUUAUAUCUUUACAAGUAAUCUGUAAAAUAGUCUAUUGGGAGGGAUGGAGUAGCCUUAUAGUAAUUGUAGUCACUACUUUUUUCCCUACACAUGAAAGGGAAUAUAUGAUAUUUGUAUAUUAUUUUUUAAUUUUUAGCAUUCUUACCCAGGGUUACUCUGUUGUGCCUGUCUUCAGUGAGUAUUAAUAAUAUGCCAUUUUACAAUUUGGGUGAUAAAAUAGGAAUUUGUUAAUGCAAUGAAGCAAAUGGAUCACCUAUGCAUAGUAGUUCUAACAAUCAGAAUAUUUUCUUAGUGAACACUUUGUCACUUGCACUAUAGGAUUCAUGAAAGGGAUUUAUGAUCGAAUCAUAGGACUCUGCUAAAACAUGGAUAAUUUCUGAAACCGUAACACACAAAAAACCUAGAAGCAAGGCUAAAAUCCAUCCUUAACUCAACCUCUUGUGCCUAGAUAUUGCAGCACAUACAACAGCACAUGCAAAAUCAGCCUGAAGUCUGAAUUGCUUGGCUUUUGGGUAUUGAAGUCAUCACAGUCUCUAGUGGGUUUUUAAAAUAGUAAUAGUAUUGAGAGAUUUUUAUAAAUUUCCUUAAGAUGAAAUGCGACUUUCACAGACAGUCUCAGGCCUGUCUCACUCACGUGAACACAUAACUUCAAACAAUCUUUACAAUGGGUGGUAUUUUCCUGGGAGUGAUGCUAGAUAAACUCUCUGGACUCUUCUACAAAUGAGUGUUAUUCUUGCCAUAAACAAUAUAUUAAAGAAAUGUGUAUUUUCACAUGACUGACUGAAGCACCUCCUUUUGACCUCACUGUCCUAACUCCAAUGCAAUAUCUUUUAUGUAUUUCCCCAUAGAGAAAAAAGGCUCAAAACCCAUGAGUCGCAUGAUGCUUUCACCCCAGGAGGAAUUAGUCUCAGAAUGGUCAGUGUUGGAAAAUAAUUCCCUGCUCUUUCUCCCCACAUCUCAUGUUGUCCACAUCUGGUAUAGAGCUACACUAUUCCAGUCUUUUUAAAUAGGAAGGUUAAUUAAACGCUUUGCUUUAGUUAAGCAACAGCUUCAUUUGUUAUUGAUGUAGCAGAAUUUAGAUGGCAAAGGCAUGCCCCAUAGUUUGAUAAGUUCAUCAGGAAGUAGUCAUGAUUUGUAAGAGAACAUUUAGAUUUCUACUCCCAGAAAUAUGCAUAGGCAUAGUAAUAAUGUAAUACAUCACUUCAGCAAGAAAACAAGAGCAUAAUAACUUGUGAAAACACUUUUCCAUAAUUGGCUCACAGUAAGUGGCAAAUAUAUGAGAGUCAAUUGAGUGAUGUUAGACCAUAGUUGUUGAUUUAUUCAUCAUGAAAUCUAAUAGCAUAUAAUAUAUAUACAGGUUUUAGGCUAUAUUUUCAAGAUGCAUUGCUAAUUAGCUGAUUCAUUAUUAAUUCUUAAUUGUCUAGAUACAUCACAAAUGAAGACUUGAGCCAGAUCUUUAUAUCCAGGAGUAACAUGCAGCUGUAGUGCUUCUAUCAGACACUAAGCUUUCUUAGAACUCUUUUACCUCUUUAAGUCUGAUGAUGCAAAAGAAGAAAUGAACAUAAUACAAUAGAGUAUCCUCUAUUUUAUGAGCUCUUUACUGUGAUCAGAGCAUAAAAUGAAUCUUGUGAUAAAUUGCUCUAUGAUAAUUUUGUCUGCGUUUAAGCUUGUAGCAGACAAGCAGAACAAGACAAUCAGUUAAAUCAGAUAUGAAAGGUGUUAAUUAUUUAAUGGCCUUUUUUUUUUUGCUGUAGCAAUAAAUGACCAAGUGCAAUGACUGAUUUAAUAAAAAUCAUCUUUUAAAAGCUGCUGCUAUGAGUGUUUUUAGCCAUAAAGAAGUUGCCCUAAUAUGUGUCUGUCUUUUCAAUGGUUAGCAUUGUGUACCACACCAGAUGUGGUGGGGUGAUAAAGUACAAAUUCCUUAAAGCAUUAUGCUUCACCGACUCGUUUACAGGUGCUGUAAAAUGAUGCAUGUUAUCAAAACUCCAGCAAAUAAAGUCACUGUUGGAAUACUUGUG